AUGGAAAGAGAUUUCUUGAGUUUAUGCUCAAACCAAGAGAUUAACAAUGAAGCUUCCAAAGAUUCAGGAUUUACGAAAGUUUCAGCAGUAAAAUGGCCCUUUUUUAACAAAGUCUCUGCUCAUCCAUAUUUGAUGCCUUUUAAUGGUUCUGAAGAAGAUAAGGCGAAAAUGAUAUCUUCUGGUUUUGUAGAGAAAUCUUUCAAACAUGACGGACAAGGUGGCAUUCAUUUUUCCGUGAAUCCGUAUCCUGUACAACAUGAUGUGAAUCGUCCUCAUGAUGUGAGGAUGUUUUCAGUUUCCAAUCAAGCAAUUUCAGUUCCUGCAGGACAUCCAUUCCUUAAGAAUCAUUUUGCAACUGUUGGUCAGAAUUUGAAUGGUGCCAAUGUGAAGCAACCACUACUUGCGGGAUCGCCAUUUACUGCACCACAUUCAGUUCUUCCAAGGGUUGGCGCUGUUGCUGGUUUGGUUGAACCAUGUGUGAAACCAUCUGCACCUGCUCCUCAACUUACCAUGUUCUAUGCCGGCACUGUGAACGUCUUCAAAGAUAUCACUCCCGAGCAGGUACAAGCCAUCAUGCUGUUGGCUGGAAAUGGCUUAUCAACAGCAUCAAACAUGGCUCAACCUGAAGUUCAGGCACCUAGCUCAAAGCUUGCAUCAGAUGAUGAUGGCGUGCCUAUGAGUCCACCUGUUAAUAUACCGCCCUUCUCAGCAAUUUCAAGUCCUUUAUCUGUUUCUUCACAUACUGGUCCACAGUCAGGGAGUGGCUCAGUUUGCAGUGAUGAAUUUCUGACUGCUAAAACAUCUAGAGGCCCCACUCCUACCACUUCUGCUAGCAAAGUGGAGACUCCAAAAGUAGUCAAUGCAACCGCCAUGUUUCCAUCAGCUAUACCGCAGGCUCGCAAAGCAUCAUUGGCUCGAUUUUUGGAAAAGCGCAAGGAAAGGGUGAUGAGUACAACACCAUAUAACCUCAACAAGAAAUCUGAGGAUGCACCAUCGCCGAAUUCAAUGGCUGCUAACAUCUCCACUACUACCGGUACUAGUGCACCGUUAUCAAAGCAAGGAUAA